GUCCUCCAGAAACUGGGCAAAGCUGAUGAGACAAAAGAUGAACAAUUUGAACAGUGUGUGCAGAACUUCAACAGACAGUUGGAGAACCUUUAAAGGAGGAAAGGGAAGCAGAGAGGUUUAAGGGAGAAAUUCCAGAGCUUGGGAUCUGGACAGUUGAAGGUACAGACACUAAUAAUGGAACGAGGAUAACCUGAUGUGCGAGGCCAGUAUUGCAGGAAUGUAGCAAUAUUGCAAACUGGUAUUAAGAGCGAAGGAACUAAACUCCAGAAAGAUCUGCGAACGUAUCUGACUGCUGUAAAAGCUAUGCAUGAAGCCACAAAGAAGCUGUCCGAAUUGUUGGAGGAAAUUUAUGAACCAGACUGGGUCGGCAGAGAAGAUAUUCAUUCUAUUUCUGAGGAUGGUGACCUUCUCUGGACUGACUAUCACCAGAAGCUGGUGGAUCAAGCUCUCCUGACACUAGACACUUACCUCGGCCAAUUUCCAGAUAUCAAAACUCGCAUUGCGAAGCGUGGGAGGAAGCUUGUUGACUACGACAGUGCAAGGCAUCAUUACGAAUCUCUCCAAGGUGCAAAAAAGAAAGAUGAUGUCAAAAUAGCCAAGCCUGUCUCGUUGCUUGAGAAAGCUGCGCCUCAGUGGUGCCAGGGGAAACUUGUGGCGCAUAUCGUUGCUCAGUCAAAUCUGCUCCGAAAUCAGGCAGAAGAAGAAUUUUUAAAAGCCCAGAAAGUGUUUGAGGAAAUUAAUAUUGACUUGCAGGAAGAAUUGCCAUCACUAUGGAACAGUCGUGUUGGUUUUUAUGUGAACACAUUCCAAAGUAUAGCUGGUCUGGAGGAAACAUUUCAUAAAGAAAUGAGCAAGCUGAACCAGAAUCUCGGCGAUGUAAUGGACCAACUGGAACAGCAACACAUGGGCAAGCCCUUACCAGUCAAGGGAGCACCAAGUACCCCUGUGAAACUAGAGAAGUCUGCAUCACCAACAGUGGAAGAGUCUCCACCCAACAGUCCCACAACAAAGAAUGACAACCAUGUACCUGCUGCUUCUCCCACACCACACGCCCCUCCUAUACCAAAGUCACCAUCCCAGCAAAGGAAAGGCCCUCCAGUGCCCCCUCCACCAAAGGUCACACCGUCAAAGGACAUCAAGCAAGAAAAUAUCCUCAAUCUGUUUGACGACAGUUUCAUCCCUGAGAUAAGUGUGACGACACCUUCACAGUUUGAGGCUCCUGGGCUUCUGCAGGAUGAAGGAAGCCUAUUGGACUUAGACUUUGAUCCUCUGAAGCCAGAGUCCAGUCCAGUAGUGAGAGCAGCUUCGCCAGUCUCUCAGUCUUUACCUUGGGAUUUGUGGGAGCCUGAAAAGAGUGCAUCUAACAGCAUGCCUAUGGACCACUCUCCAAGUAUGGCCAUGGGGGAUGGUCUUAAUGAGAGCAGUUUUGCAGUGGACUGGUCAGCCCAGCCCAACCUGCUUGACCAGAAUGAAGGUGUCACUGCUGAAGCAGUGGAACAAGAAAACGCCAGCAGUGAAGUUACCGAGAAAGGAGAUGGAGAUAAAGCUGCAUCUUAUAUUUCUGAGGAACAACCAGAACCAAAGAAAGAAGUUGUGGAAAAUGAAACUGAAGCUGAUAUUACUGUGUCGAAGGAUGUUUUGCCAGCUGUGGUAACGGAGACACUUCCAGCAACCACCAAUGGAGCUGUGUUUGACACAGUGCUUUCUGACGAGAUUGAAAUGCCCCCUGGAUUUCAGUUUAAGGUUCGGGCUCUCCACGAUUACAAUGCAACAGACACUGACGAGCUAAAUCUUAAAGCAGGCGAUAUUAUUUUUGUCGUUGCCCAUGAAAACCCAGAGGAGCAGGACGAGGGCUGGCUAAUGGGCAUAAAGGAGAUUGACUGGAUCCAGCAGAAAGAUCUGAAGUCCGCCAGGAGCGUGUUCCCAGAAAACUUUACCGAGCGUGUUCAAUAGCUGUGUUGGAAACAGGAGACCAGCAAGGUGGGAGGAGGCUCCUGGGGCCUGCAAGUGGAAGACCCACACCAGUGCAAUUUCCUCAAACACACUCUCAACCGAAAUGCAGAAGUUGCCAUUGUAAAUGUGAAACAUUCAGCUGUGAUUCAUGUUUACCUAUUCUGGUUAUGGUGCUUUGAAUAUUAAGUAAAAAGUGCAGCUGGUCCCUGGAACGAACAGUUCUACCAUUUAAAACCGCAAUCUACUCUAGUUUUUACAUUGAUGCAUGAAAUUCUGUUGUGGCAAUUUGAGCGUACAGGAAAGUCAAACAUAUCUAAAGGUAUUAUGUGAUAUCCUGGUUAGAGGUGGGAGAAGGUCAAUCGAUGUUUUUAAAGCUACUGGUGUCGCUUGUAGGGGUCUCCGAGCUGACCUUCCAAAUGCUUCCACAGGCCAAGAGGUAAUCUUUACUCUGCAGUGUCAGUUUAUGCGAUGCAGUUAUGUAUGACCUUUAGAAAACGGCCAAUUUAAAGCUUGAUUAUUUUUCAGGUUGAGUUCGUCAGAUGGUAUUGGGGAUAAGAGUCGGGGUGAGCAGUUGGGAACUGAAUUACAUGAAACUAUUUUACACUCGAACCGCAUCGGAUUCGGUGCUCCUACCUUUUUUAUUUACACUUGUGCAAUAAUUUCUAGAAAGUGAUUCCCUAUGGUUUAUCAAUGGCUCAUUUUCAUGGGCACUCCAACCUCUAGAAAGAGGGAACUGAAUCUAUAAAACACAUGGGGUGACUGUAGUAGACAGGUUGCUAUAACUAGAGAGUCAAAGCAAGUUAUGACUUUCAUUGGUAUUCUCCGUCAAAGGCAAGGAAGUCUGAUUAUCAUUGAGUCCUGGUGUUCAGACUGUUUGGUUUUUUUUUCCUCGUUAGUUUUUUUUUGUAGCUUUUUGAGGUUUUUUUUAUUUGUAGGCUGGAACAGUGGUAGGGUUGCCAUUUCUGGAUGUAUUCCUGGAUGUUUCAUCACCUGACUUCCCUCCUGCCCCCAUCCCUUACCCCACACCCUCCCAUUGGCCAUCUAACAUAUCUACACCUGCAAGGCCACACCUUCCCCAGACCAGUGGGAAAGCAAGAAGGCUCUUCAUCACUCAAUUGGCUGAUGCUUGACUAUCGCUCAAACAGACUUUCCUUCCCAAUUUAAAAUCCUUUUUAAUAACUAAAGCAAGUGUUGAAAGGAUUUUUCUUCUUUGUUGUCAGGAGAUUAAUCUUCAAUUCCUGGAGACUGCAGAACAAUCCUGGAAGGUUGGCAACUCUCUGCCUGGGUGAAACCAAAUCACCAUCAUCCAUUCAGUCUUUGUCACAACUAAUUUUUCUUCAAUUAAGUUUGAAAAAUUGGUUGGUUCUCUAACCCUGGCUGCCAUCUGUUUCAAAUGGAGCAUUAAUGAUCUUGUGAUUCCAUUCUCUAAGCAUUAUACUCUUUGCACAUUUUAUUUUUCCUUCUGUCUCUCUUUCCCUACCCCACCCCCCUCUUUUUUGUCUUUCCUUCACUCUUGUUGCCUUGUGCUCUUGUUUUCAUGAAGGUGAAGCAAGAGAUGGCUCCACAAUUGCUGGCAGAUCUGAAAUCUGGCCAAGAGGUCCAUUGUACAUUAGCCUCAAUGGUGAGGGACUGUAGGCUUGUUGAUUGUUUGUGGGGGUGCAGGGUGGGAGGUGACAGGUGAACAUGAUGAAGCUGAUCCUUGAUAUCCCUACAUAUGCACAUAUCCAACAGGGGUCAUGGGGUAACAAUCUGGAUUGGGGACUUCUGUCUGCACUUUAAUUCUACCCCUUGCUCCUACCCCAGGGACAACUGAUGCCAAAUGCACCCAUCAGCCCUCUUUGAGCUCUUGUCAAAGUAAUUGUAAACCUGCCCUGAUCAUUGCAAGCAGUCCGAAUUAAGAUGUUGAUCAUCUUUUAGUUUUUUUUAAAUGCUGUCGUAGCCUCAGCAGGUGAGUCUCCAACCAUGAGGACCUGACUUAGCAGUAUUUUAAUUAUUGUAAAUUCUGCAAACAUGUAUUCUUGACUGAGAUAUUAGUUGACCUUGCAAUCAAGGGUUGUUGUUUUAAGCUAGCCAUCUAUAUACUUCAUCUUGGCUCAAGUCGAUUGUUUAAUAUGCAAGUCAUUGCCAUCUGUAUGUGUGAGUAUGUAUAUAUAAUAGCUUCCCAAUAGCCUGAUCAUUUUGAAGUGGUUUGGUUUCCGUGUUGCAUUAUUUAAGAAUUAUGGCAAAAAUCCCAAUACUGUAACAUCAGUUUUGUUAAUAGUUUUCUGUUGGUGAAUUAUCUCAUGGUGUCUUCCACAAACACCCAAUGUUUUGAACAUUUUUGUUCAGUUGCAAGCAGCUCUGAUGUUCACUUCUGUAUGGUAUUGCAACCCUGUGAAAUUGCUCAUCCCCAGUGACGUAUGCAAUGCAGUUGGAAUUGCUCUGUUCAUAGCUAAUGCACAAAGAAAUAAAACUGGUUUUCUGGUCA